AGAGGAGAGAGGAGAGAGAAGGGGCCAGGGCCAGGGGAGGGUGAAGAAGACAGCACAGUUUUGUUGUCAAUGGCCAAGUAGGACCCACAAGAGAUAAAGAUGGUCCUGCGAAUAGCUGUUCGCUCUCGCAGGGCCGUAUCAUGAUGAUCAUAAGGCAGUAGAGGUCGAGCAUCUUGUUGAAAAACUCCUCCGACCCCCUCUCUCUUUCUCCUUCUGUGGGGUUCUUCCUUUCUCUAUCUUCACCCUUCUGAGUAUGCCUCAGAAGUCAGAUCGACCAUCUCUUUUCCUCUCUCUGCAACUUCAUUGAGAUCCUCAAACGGAUCAGAUAUAAUCAAGGGAUGAGAUAGAAGAUGGGGAAGAAAGGCAGCUGGUUCGUUGCUGUUAAGAAGGCUUUCAGUCCCGAAUCGAAGGAGAAGAAACAUGGGAAAUCUGGCAAAUCCAAGCACAGAUGGAUCUGCCGAACGUCAAAUCUUUCUUCCGACUCUUCUCCACCCCCAGAAGAAGCCGUUACAGCAGUGACCGGAGAUGCCAAGUUUACCGAAACCACUGCAGUCCCUACCGAGGAAGCAAAGUCCGCGGAAACCAUUACAGCUCUUACAGGAGAAACAAAGGUUCCUGAAACUGUCACAAUAUCAACCGAGAGAAAAACGAUUGAUGGCACCGUCGCAAUCGCGAGGGAAGAACCGAAGGCUGCUGAAACUGUUAGGGUACCGACCGAAGAAGCAAAGCUUGAAGAAGAUGUCAGAGUAUCCCUCGGAGAAACGAAGAUCGCUGAAACGCCUAGAGUACCGACUGAAGAGAUGAAGUUUUCCGAAGCAGAGAACAGCCAUGCUUAUUCUGUAGCCGUUGCCACAGCCAUUGCAGCUGAGGCCGCGGUUGCGGCUGCGCAGGCUGCUGCGGAGGUCGUGAGACUAACAACGGCGUCCGUUCCGCGGUUCUCUGGAAAAUGCAGAGAAGAUACAGCAGCAAUCAAGAUACAAACAGCUUUCCGAGGAUACCUGGCAAGGAGAGCUCUGCGCGCUUUGAGAGGACUUGUAAGGUUAAAGGCAUUAAUCGAGGGAAAUUCUGUGAAGCGUCAGGCCACAGCCACACUUCGAUGUAUGCAGACACUGUCGAGGGUUCAAUCCCAGAUACGCUCCAGAAGACUCAGGAUGUCAGAAGAGAACCAAGCUCUCCAGCGUCAACUGUUACUAAAAAGACAAAGAGAGCUUGAGAAUUUGAAAGCAUCUAUGGGAGAAGAUUGGGACGACAGUCCACAGUCAAAGGAGCAGGCAGAGGCCAAGUUAAUCACCAAACAAGAGGCUGCUAUUAGAAGGGAGAGGGCAUUGGCUUAUGCUUUUACUCAUCAGCAACAAUGGAGGAAUUCAUCAAAAUCUUCCAUUCCAAUGUUUCUUGACCCAAAUAACCCACAUUGGGGAUGGAGCUGGCUAGAGCGCUGGAUGGCUGAAAGACCAUGGGAGAACCGCAGUGUAACAGAAAGGGAUCAUUCAGAUUCAACGUCUAUAAGAACAGCUACUCGUAGUGCUGGAGAAAUCACCAAGUCUUAUGCUCGCCGUGAGACCUCCAGUGAGAGGCCAUCACCUGUGGCUGUGAAGCCAGCUCGACCUAGCAGCGGACCUUCCACACCACAGUCAAAGCCUGCACCUGUAACUGGAAAGACAAGGUUAACAAGUCCUAGGUCUGGAUGCGGCCUAGAAGAAGAGUCAAGGAGCAUGUUCAGCAUGCAAUCCGAGCGAAGCAGGCGUCAUAGUAUUGGAGGUUCCUCCAACGGGGAUGAUGAAAGCCUUGCCAGCUCUCCUUCUGUUCCCAGUUACAUGCAACCAACUAAAUCUGCUAGAGCCAAAGUUAGACUCAGCAGUCCACUGGGGGAUAAACAGGAGACAGUAGAAAGGACUCCUUUCACUAUGGCAAAGAAACGACUGUCUUUCCCAAUUGCCGACAAAGUCCAUAGUACCACAUCCUCAGUCUCUGGGAGGCGCUUUUCAGGCCCACCCAAGGUGGAAGCAUCUCAAAAGCUUAGUGAUGUUCAUUGAGCGCAUACAGUGAGCAAUGGAAGCCACUGGUAGCCUUAACAUAGAGAGACAAGCAUGAAAAGAAAGGGAAAAAAAAUCGAAAUUGGUUGAGUUGUGAUAUAUUUUUCAUUUCCUUCCUCAUCUGUCAAAAGUUGCUCCAUUUGAAUUUGUUUCUCCUCUGUUGUUGUGUCUUAUUGGUUGAAUUGGAAGUUAUAAAGAUGCUGGUUUGUGGUUC